AUGGUUGGUUGGGCUAUUGCUGUGCAUGGUGGCGCCGGUGUGGAUCCUAAUCUCCCACCACAACGUCAGGAAGAAGCCAAACAACUUCUUACUCAUUGUCUUAAUAUUGGCAUAUUUGCUCUCCGUUCCAAUGGUUCUGCUGUCGAUGUCGUUGAACUUGUUGUGAGAGAACUGGAAACAAAUCCCCUGUUCAAUUCUGGGCGUGGAUCUGCUUUGACAGCAAAAGGAACAGUUGAAAUGGAGGCUAGCAUAAUGGAUGGUACAAAGAGAAGAUGUGGUGCUGUAUCUGGUGUUACCACCGUGAAAAACCCUGUCUCACUUGCUCGCCUUGUCAUGGAAAAGUCCCCUCAUUCAUACCUAGGCUUCUCUGGGGCAGAAGAAUUUGCGAGGGACCAGGGUGUGGAUAUUGAGGAUAAUGAAUACUUCAUCACUCCUGAUAAUGUUGGUAUGCUGAAACUUGCAAAGGAAGCAAACACAAUUCUGUUUGAUUAUCGAAUUCCAACGGCUGAAAACGAAAAGAGUCCACUACCAAUGAAUGGGCUGCCACUAAGCGCUUAUUCUCCAGAGACCGUCGGAUGUGUGGUGGUGGACAGCGAAGGAAGGUGUGCUGCUGCAACAUCGACCGGAGGACUAAUGAACAAAAUGAGUGGUCGAAUUGGUGACUCACCUAUCAUAGGUGCUGGAACGUACGCAUGUGAAGUGUGUGGAGUUUCUUGCACUGGUGAAGGGGAGGCAAUCAUACGUGGCACUCUUGCGCGUGAGGUGGCAGCAGUUAUGGAGUACAAAGGUUUUGGCCUUCAAGAGGCCGUGGAUUUCGUUAUCAAACAUCGUCUUGACAAAGGGUUUGCCGGUCUUAUUGCUGUGUCUAGCAAGGGUGAAGUGGCUUAUGGAUUUAAUUGUAAUGGGAUGUUUAGAGGUGUUGCUACUGAGGAUGGGCUCAAGGAGGUGGGAAUAUGGAAAUGA